AUGUCUUUGGAAUCAAUCAAAUUUGACAAAGCAGAUAAAGACAAUCUAAGUGUCGAAAUCUUAGAUCAACUUCUAUUGCCAUAUGUUACCAAAUACAUCUCAAUCGACAACAUUGACGAUGGAUUUUCCACUAUUAAAAACAUGCAAGUUAGAGGUGCCCCGGCUAUUGCGAUGGUCGGUACAUUAUCAGUUUUAUUAGAGAUUCAACUCCUUAACUCUAAGGAAUACACGUCAAGUCAAUCGUACUACGACCUAUCAAACUGGCUACAUACUAAAAAUCAAUUGAAGAAAAGGUUAGAAUAUUUAUUAAGUAGUAGACCAACUGCUGUCAACUUAGGAAAUGCUCUAAAUGAUAUUACAAAUAUAUUAGAACAGUCUCAAGAUAUUAUUACUUUGAAAGAUGAUGUUUAUCAAUAUACAUGUCAGUUAUUAGGAAAUGAUCUAAAGGACAAUAUAACAAUGGGCAAUAACGGUGCAAGAAAUCUUUUAUCAUUAUUAGAAAAGGAAGACUUCCACUCUAACUUUGGUGUAUUAACAAUUUGCAACACUGGAUCGCUAGCUACAGCAGGUUAUGGUACAGCACUAGGUGUUAUCAGAUCAUUAUGGGAAGAUAGUCAGAAGAAAAGUGCUGAAAAUAAAAAUGAUUGUGCUAAGAUGACACAUGUUUUCCCAUUAGAAACUAGACCGUACAACCAAGGUUCCCGUCUUACUGCAUAUGAACUAGUGCACGAUAAGAUCCCAGCAACUUUGAUCCCCGAUAGCUCGAUUGCUUACAAGAUUGCAAGCAGCCCAUUACCAAUCAAAGCAGCAUUUGUUGGUGCUGAUAGAAUUGUUCGUAAUGGUGACACUGCUAAUAAAAUUGGAACAUUCCAAUUAGCUGUUAUUUGUAAACAAUUUGGAAUUAAGUUCUUUGUUGUUGCUCCAAAGACUACAAUUGACAAUAAGACACUAAAUGGUGAUGGCAUUAUUGUUGAAGAACGUAAAGCUGAAGAGUUCAAACUAGUUAGUGGUACUCUUGUUGAUGUAAACAAUUUCGAACCAGUUCUAGACCAAAACAAUAAACCAAUAUCUGCUAAAGUUGGUAUUGCACCUCCAGAGGUGAAUGUGUGGAACCCAUCAUUUGAUGUUACACCUCACGAGUUCAUUGAUGGUAUUGUUACUGAAGUAGGUGUUUUUACAAAAAAUCAAAAUGGAAAUUUUACUUUAGAAGAGUUAUUCUAG